AUGUAUGUUUUUAUACAGGGACCCCCUGGAGUGGGCAAGACAACCACAAUCCUCUGCCUGGCUCGGGCACUACUUGGUCCUGCUAUGAAGGAAGCUGUACUUGAACUAAAUGCCUCAAAUGACCGAGGUAUCGACACUGUUCGAAACAAGAUCAAGAUGUUUGCUCAGCAGAAAGUUACUCUUCCCCCAGGGCGGCAUAAAAUAGUGGUGUUGGAUGAGGCUGACAGCAUGACUGAUGGAGCCCAGCAAGCCUUGCGCCGUACAAUGGAGAUAUACAGCCACACCACAAGAUUCGCCCUUGCCUGCAAUAACAGUGAGAAAAUCAUAGAGCCUAUCCAGUCCCGAUGCUGUAUUUUGAGAUACAACAAACUAAGUGAUGCCCAACUACUAGGAAAAAUCAAUGAAAUAUGUGAAAAAGAACAGAUUCCACACACCAAUGAUGGGCUGGAAGCAAUCAUAUUUACAGCCCAAGGGGACAUGAGGCAGGCUUUGAACAACUUACAAUCAACAUUCAAUGGUUUUGGCCAUGUCAACAGUGAGAACGUGUUUAAAGUCUGCGACGAGCCACAUCCACUGCUAGUCAAGGAUAUGCUCAUGCAUUGUGUCUCCGGUGACAUAUCAAAGGCCUACAAGAUUAUUGCACACCUGUGGAAGUUAGGAUAUGCUCCAGAAGAUGUCAUCACAAACAUUUUCAAGGUCAGCAAGGGAUUGGAUAUUUCAGAGACUAUCAAACUUGAGUUUGUGCAGGAGAUUGGGUUGGUACAUAUGCGUAUCGUUGAAGGGUGUAACUCUCUUCUACAGCUGGCCGGCCUGUUGGGGAAGCUUUGCCAAAAAUCCUCCGCCCUCACAGCUCAAGCGUGACUUAACUUUUCAUUUUCUAACUGUAAAUUUGUCUAAAAAAAUAUAUAUAUUUUGUUUUUUUUUUCACUGAA